UUUCUUUUAUUGUUCAGUUACUAGUGAAUAGCACGUGUAAGAGAUAAAUAACAAUGAGAAUGUUAGAUGACAAAGUUAAAGAUGAUAAUAAUGAAGAUAUAGAUUGUUUGAAUUUUAAUGAUUUAUCAAAGGAACAUAUAUUACAAUGUGUUAACAUUAUUUGUCAUUUAACUGAAGAAAAAUUGAAAAGUAACAAUGCAUUGUUUGAAGAUGAAAGUCAAUCAAUUUUCAUGCAAGUAACAUGUAUCAGAGUACCUAAAACUCCAAGAAGAUUUAUGAGAAUAUUACUACCAUAUUCAAUAAUAUCAUCAAAUGAUGAAGUUGCACUUUUUGUUGGUGAUCUCCAAAGAGGGAGAAGAAGAGAUUAUGAACCAACAAUAGAAUAUUAUGAAAAUUUAUUACGCAAACAUGGUUGUACAAAAAUAAAAAGCAUAAUACCAAUGAAUCAAGUAAAAACUGAAUAUGAUCAAUAUGAAUUAAAAAGAAAACUUGUGGGCAGCUAUGAUUAUUUUCUUGUAGAUGGAAAAAUAGCUGGUCAUUUAUCUCAUUUAUUGGGAAAAGAAUUUUAUAAAAAAAGAAAAUUACCAACAUCUAUUAGAAUGCUGAGUAAAGAUUUAAAACAUGAAAUAGAAUAUGCUUUAAGGAAAACUGUUAUGCAAAUUCAUUCUUAUGGUGAUACACAUAUAGUUCAAGUUGGACAUACUUUUAUGAAGAAGAAAGAAAUUUUAGAAAAUAUACUAGCAACAUGUCGUUAUUUAUCUAAAAAUUAUCCAGGUGGUUGGGUUAAUAUUCGUUCUAUUCGUAUUAAAACAUCUAUUAGUCUUGGUCUACCAAUAUAUAUGACAUUGAAAAAUAAAUGCUUAGUUGAUGUGCCAGUAAUGCAACCUAGAAGACCAAAAGCAUAUCAUAAUGUAUCAGGAGAAUUAACUACUGCACCUGGUAUUGCUACUGUAACUGUUACUCCUGAAGGAGAUAUUACUGUUAAAAAAAUUAAAAGGAGAAUCUUUCUUCAAAAGAAAAAUUUACAAAAUAAAUAAAAUUCACCAAAUAAAAAAAUUAUGAUUAUUUUUAUAUUACUUUAUUAAAUCUAGUAAACAAAGUUAAAAAAUUA